CUUAUUGAUGCAAUUCCAAAAUGAGUAUUGAGUAAGCCUCCUUAACCUUUUAACUUUAAGAGUAUAUCUUUUAAAUCAUUGAAUGAAACUUUUACAAUUACUUUCCUUCAAUGAUGUAAUAAAAUCGCAAAUAAUUAUGUCGUGAUUUGAAUGACGCAUUUGGGAGCUUAAGUUUUUCAUAUUGGUAUUUACCCAAUAUGUCCGAUAAAUCCUUAACUGUUAAGUGCAAGAAGAAUUACACAUGCAGUAUUUGUAAUAAAACAUUCAAAGAGAAAGGCAUUUUGAAUAAACAUUAUAUUGUUCAUACUGGAGAGAAGGCUUAUUCAUGCAGUGUUUGUGAUAAAACAUUCGCAAAGAAAAGCAAUUUAAAGAAACAUACUCUUGUUCAUACUGGAGAGAAACCUUAUUCAUGUAGUGUGUGCAAUCAAAAAUUCGCAAAUAACCACAAUUUAAAAAAGCAUUAUCUUGUUCAUACUGGUGAGAAGUCUUAUUCAUGUAGUUUAUGUGGUAAAACAUUUGCACAGAAAUGGAGUUUAACUAGGCAUUCUUUUGUUCAUGCGCAAGAGAAGUGUUAUUCGUGUGCCAUAUGUGAUAAACCAUUCACACAGAAAGAUGCAUUAAACAAACACUAUACUGUUCAUACUGGCGAGAAACCUCAUUCCUGCAGUGUAUGUGAUAAAAUCUUUUCACGGAAAUAUUCUUUAAAUAGACAUUUUCUAAUACAUAGUUAAAACACAAAACAGUUUUUUAUGUAAUGUAUGUACCUAGUAGAAUAUUUUCUAAAAAAACUUAACUUAACCAAAUAUUAUUUUUAACUCGUGCUGUUGAGAAACCCUAUAUUCUAAAAUGCUAUAUUACUAUUAGAUUUUGGAAUAUAGUCAUUUACACAGAAAUUUUACUUUAGUAUUGCCAAAUCAGCACAGGAUUAGAUUUUCGUAUCGAUAAGAACACCAAAAUUAUUUUAGAUUUAUGGUGACUUUCUAACAGGGUAAUGCAAGAAAUUACAGCUACUAUCAUAAUAGGUUAUAAUUCAAAGCCUACCCUAAGCAAACUGCAAAAUUUAUAUAAUUUUAAAAAAUUUUGCUAGUUCAAAAAUCGUUUGGCUCUCUAAGAAUUUGUUAUAAGUUGAAUUAAAGUGAUACUGAUAGAGAAAUAUCCCCAAAUAAGAACUUUGGUUGUUAGCAAGAAUAAUUUUCUAAUCAAGUUAAUUUUUAGAAAAAGCAAAAUGUAUUAUUAAAUGUAUAUUAUAACUUUUCCAUCAUUGGUUUUAUUAGGAUUUUAUUAUUCCUUUAGAUUCUUAAGCCAACUAGAUAAGGAAUUCAGAAAGAUAUUCAUAUCAUGUUCUAUGCCAAAACAAUCGGCAAGUCUUGACGACUUCCAGGCAGUAGCCCUCGAGAAACUAAAUAAAUCAUCACUGAAGAACUGUUCAAAGGGUAUAAUUCAUAGCCACUAGUGGGCACAACUCAACAUUUUUUUU